AUUUCAAAUUAAUUUGAGUAAAAGAUUUUUUAACGAAAUGUCAGGUGUCGUAGGACACACUGUAAGUUGCUAAAUUAACGACAUUUCAAGAUUAAAAGAAAGAAUUAAGACGACAAUCAUUUUACUAGAGUACUGAAAACUUGCAAUAAUAUCCUUUAUUUAGUAAAGACUCGUUAAUAUGUCGUCUUUGUUGAAUUCGACCUUGUUAACUAAUAAAACUGUAUUGAUCAAACAAAACAACUCCGCUGUAGUUAGAAGGAAAAAGGUUAUACUGCAGUUUGUGAUGAAAUUACGCCAAAAUCCAAAUCUAGGAUAAAUAUAGGUUAAAAAUUUAUAUAAAUAGUGAUUUACAAUUUUUAUGUUUAAAUGUCGUCUUCAUCUUCUGUUAUUCAUUUGAUUUAAAUUGUAGGUUUAAUGUUUAAAGUCGAAAAGAUAUACUUUUCGCGACGCAAAUUAAUUGUUGAAAAGCUUAGAAAUUUGAAUUUAUUUUGUGAACUAGAAUCAGGGUUUCAAUAAAAUGCCAGGCCUUGAAAUUGGCACGACUGGGCUCGGUUGCCGGAGAAGGAUCUCAGUUGGAUCUAGAAGUUCUGUGAUGUCUCCGGUGAGCUACUCUGGGAGUCAACACCACAUCUCCGUCAAGGAGGAAAUGUUGAGUUCCUCCUCUGAUGAUGAGGAAGAGGAAGAGGAGAAUAUGGGAGACAUGAAACCUAACCCGGGAGGAGGAGCAGGUGGUGGAGGAGGAGGAGACCUUCCUCAGGAGUAUUGGCAGGUUCAGAAACUGGUUCGUUAUCUCAAGGUUGGGAACCAGACUGCAACUAUAAUUGCACUCUGUAACAUUGCAGAUUUUGAUCUGAAAGCUCAAUAUUGUCAGAUGUCCAUCAUUGAUGCUGGGGGACUUGAGGUGCUGGCCAACCUGCUGGAGACAGAGGACGUUAAGUGUCAGAUUGGGAGUUUAAAGAUACUCAAGGAUAUUGUUGUGCAUCCUGAUAUAAGGAAAUCUAUCACUAAGAUGGGAGGAAUAGAACUAAUGGUUCGUAUUUUGUCAGAUUCAAAUAAAAAGCUGAAGCUUCAUGCUGCUGAGAGUCUGGCUAAACUAGCAAAGUUUAAAAAGGGAAGACGGAUUGUGAGAAAGAAUAACGGAAUUCCGAAAAUUGUAGAUUUGCUUGAUGUUGAUACUUCCAAACCUGAAAACCAUAUAGAUGCAACAGAUGCUGACCUGUCCUUGGAUAUGCAGGUAGCACGAGGUGGCUGCUAUGCACUGUGGUCCCUCUGUAAGUCUAAGAAGAACCGGUUAUUGAUCAAAAGAGCUGGUGGAUUUCCUCUUCUUGCUAAACUCAUAAAAACAAAGAAUAUUUCCUUGCUGAUUCCUGUGAUUGGAAGUCUACAGGAGUGUGCAGCAGAGAAAAGUUACUGCUUAGCUAUACAGAAGCAAUAAAUGUACUUCUAAAGUGGUGACCCCAAACAACAAACGAACCAUGGCCAAAAACACAGCCUCCUGCAGGUCAGAAACAGCCCAAGAAUUGGACAAGGAUGACUUUCUUCAUCCUAAAAAACCUCAACUACUUCUGGAGCUAAUAAGCUAAACCUCAGCUGCUCCUGGAGCUAAUAAGCUAAACCUCAGCUACUCCU